AACAUGCCCUCUGUCCUGUUGCUGGAAGCCAUCUGUGUUGUCCUGUUUGCUGGAGUGCCCCCAUCCCUCCCCCUUCAGGAAGUCCAAGUCAGCAGGGAGACCAUCGGGAAGAUUUCAGCCGCCAGCAAACUUACAUGGUGCUCGGCUGCGGUGGACAUCCUGUUUCUGAUAGAUGGCUCUCACAGCAUCGGGAAAGGGAGCUUUGAAAGGGCCAAGCACUUUGCCAUCACGGUCUGUGACGCUCUGGACAUCAGCCUGGACAGGGUCAGGGUGGGAGCAGUCCAGUUCAGUUCCACUCCUUGGCUGGAAUUCCCCUUGGACUCCUUGUCAACCCAACAGGAAGUAAAGACAAAACUCAAGAGGAUGGUUUUCAAAGGAGGGCGCACAGAGACAGGCCUCGCUCUGAAAUAUUUUCUACACAAAGGCUUCCCUGGGGGCAGAAAUGCCUCUGUGCCCCAGGUCCUCAUCAUCAUCACUGACGGGAGGUCCCAAGGGCCCGUGGCGCUGCCGGCCAAGCAGCUGCAGGAAAGAGGCGUCACUGUGUUUGCCGUGGGGGUCCGCUUUCCCAGGUGGGAGGAGCUACACGUGCUGGCCAGUGAGCCCAGGGAGCAACACGUGCUGAUGGCUGAGCAGGUGGAGGACGCCGCCAACGGCCUCUUCAGCACCCUCAGCAGCUCCGGCAUCUGCACCUUCGCCUCUGCAGACUGCAAGGUCCAGCCUCACCCCUGUGAGCGCAAGACGCUGGAGACAGUCAGGGAGCUUGUCGGCAAUGCCCUGUGCUGGAGAGGAUCGCGGGGGACCGAUGGUGUGCUGGCCUCACUCUGUCCCUUCUCCAGCUGGAAGAAAGUGUUCUUAAGCCACCCCGCCACCUGCUACAGGACCACCUGCCCAGGCCCUUGUGACUCACAGCCUUGCCAGAAUGGAGGCACGUGUGUUCCAGAAGGACUGGACAGGUACCACUGCCUCUGCCCGCCGGCCUUCAGAGAGGAGGCGAACUGUGCCCCGACGCUGAGCCUGGAAUGCAGAAUCGAUGUCCUCUUCCUGCUGGACAGCUCGGCGGGCACCACGCUGGAGGGCUUCCUGAGGGCCAGGGCCUUUGUGAAGCGGUUUGUGCAGGCGUCACUCAAUGAGGACUCGCGGGCCCGCGUGGGUGUGGCCCACUACAGCCAGGAGCUGGUGGUGGCAGUGCCCGUGGGUGAGUACCAGGACGUGCCUGACCUGGUCCGGAGCCUCGAUGCCAUCCCCUUCAGUGGAGGCGCCACCCUGACGGGCAGGGCCCUGCGGCAGGUGGCGGAGCGCGGCUUUGGGAGCGUCCGCAGGACAGGCCAGGACCGUCCUCGCCGAGUGGUGGUCCUGCUCACGGAGUCACGCUCCAAGGACGAGGUGGCCGGCCCGGCGCAUUACGCGAGGGCCGGAGAGCUGCUUCUGCUGGGCGUGGGCAGCGAGGCUGUGCGGGCAGAGCUGGAAGAGAUCACAGGCAGCCCAGAGCACAUCCUGGUCUAUGACGACCCACAGGACCUGUUCGACCAAAUCCCAGAGCUGCAGGGGAAGCUGUGCAGCCAGCUGCGGCCAGGCUGCCAGGCGCAGUCGCUGGACCUGGUCUUUGUGUUGGACGCCUCAGCCUCCGUGGGGCCUGAGCAUUUCGCCCAGAUGCAGGGCUUCGUGAGAAGCUGCACCCUCCAAUUUGACGUGAACCCCGACGUGACCCAGGUCGGCCUGGUGGUGUACGGCAGCCGGGUCCAGACAGUUUUCAGGCUGGACACCCACAUCACCCGUCCUGCGGUGCUACGGGCCAUGAGCCAGGCCCCCUACCUGGGUGGUGCGGGCUCAGCAGGUACAGCCUUACUGCACAUCUACGACAAGGUGAUGACUGUCCAGAAGGGUGCUCGGCCUGGAGUCCCCAAGGCUGUGGUGGUGCUCACGGGCGGGCAGGGGGCGGAAGAUGCAGCCGUCCCUGCCCAGAAGCUGAGGAACAACGGCGUGUCUGUCCUGGUGGUGGGCGUGGGGCCUGUGCUGAGGGACACGCUGCGGAGGCUCGCAGGUCCCCGGGACUCCCUGAUCCACGUGGCAGCCUACACAGACCUGAGGUUUCACCAGGACACACUCAUCGAGUGGCUCUGUAGAGAAGCCAAGCAGCCCGUCAACCUCUGCAAACCCAGCCCUUGCAUGAAUGAGGGCACCUGCGUCCUGCGGAAUGGGAGUUACCUCUGCACGUGCCGAGAUGGUUGGGAGGGCCCCCACUGUGAGAACCGAGCCUUGAGAGGAGACGCCCUUAAGGCCCGAGGCUCCCGCCCACGGCCUGAAGGCAGGCAGCCGCUGGCCCCCUCCCAGCACCUCCGGAGAAGGCCUGGCCCCGCUGGACUCUGA